GAUAUGGUCGCUUUUCGUGAAGAAGAGAUGAGCUUUCCCUAAUCGAGCGUGAAGGCAAGGAACCCCAUGGUGGCAUCAAGUCCAUUAUGCUGCUCCUGUUGGUCUCCGUCAUGCAGAUUGCUUCAAGGGUUCCCUUUGUGUUUUGCUUUUACCCAGCUCGUUCGUAUGCGGCUCACGCCGAGAUGAAGAUCAAGACACCGGCCUCGCUGUGUUCCAUGAUGUUCUGCAGCCUGUCCGUUCAUCCGCUGUUGACCCUAAUUGAAACAGAAAAGGAGGUCAUGAUUCUCGACGAGCUGGUUGAUUUUGGUGAAUCUUACCACCAAACUUAGAACAUGCCGAAGGGUAAUUUGGAACAAAAAGUUUGCAUACUGUUGAC